AUGGUUGCUAUGAAUACACAUGUUACAAAUGACUCUCGUUCUGCUUUUCUCCAGGUAAAACCUAUAUGUGUUGCAUUAUCACAAAUUGCGUUCCUGCCGAAAGAGUCUUUCGAUCCCGAAUCUAAGACUUUGUUAGAGACAUUGAAGAGCCUAGAAACGGUUUUAUCGAGUUUCCCAGAUGCUUCGCUUUCUUUGAACUUUGCUGAUUAUGUUUUCAUACCUUUAUCAAGUCUUCUUAAACAAAAUGAGUUGGGUCAAUCUCAAACGGAAUACGUACUAUUGAUAUUCUGUCAAUUAUCAAGACUUUGUUGGCUCCUGCGUGGUACUUUAUCAGAGAAAUUGGCUAAACAAUGUUUUCCACUGCUGACGUUUUUAAUUAGUCCCGAUAAGGAGAAUUUGAAACUGAAAGAGGCGUCUAGUCAUUUCAAAAUCUCUGCUGUGAAGACAUUGUAUCAAUUUUUCAAAUCCUUAAAAAACCAAUCAUAUUCAACCACGUACUUUCAAAUUGAUAAAAAAGAUGCGCAACUACCUACUUUGGCCCAUACCAUUUCGAUUUUCCUUGAUCUUCUGCUGGAUAAUCCCCAAUCACCAAACUUACUAGAUUCAAUUUUAAAUUCCCUUAAUAUUCUUUAUUUUGACAUUAUAAAAGACGGUGAACUAUUAUCAUUUGUACUUCCAGGGAAUGUAUCGACUUUAUCAAAGGUUCUUAACCUUCCCGGGAAAACGGUAAACUAUAAAAUCGUAUGUCUUACGCUGAAAACUCUAGGAUCAUUAUUACAAUUAGUCUAUAAUGAUUCUGUACUGGGUGUUCAAAUCAUCUCUAAAAUCCAAGAUUUAAGUGAUAUAACUAAAACGAUUACUGAUUUUGAUGAUAAUGAUAUCCAUUCUCAACUAGAAAGUAUAGAAAUGAACUCGCCUGGGAAUCAUAGAAAUUCAAAUUGGUUAAAAGCAACAUCCCAACAAGUAAAUUUGGCCUUGAAGGGGUUUAUACCAAGGCUGAUAUCAAGAAAUAAUAGGCAAAUAGAUGAAUCGUUAGUGUCAUUUGUUUCAAGUUUGAUGCUGGACUGUUCAUCCUCAUUAAAGCCUUGUGAAUCAAUAUUCAUAGAGACAUUAGUAUCUUUACAACAAAAUCCGUUAUAUCAAUUAGCAACACAUAGUAAAGAACUAUCAAAAUAUGUUGAAGAUAAGUUGCAAAAUUUGAACAGGUUUAUUCAAUUCGAUCAAUCCAAUGAAAUAAAAUCAUUGAAUUUUGCUACAAAUAUUCUGGUCAAUAACGCUAAUGAGAAAAUCAGUAAUAUAUCAAUGAUAACCAAUGAUAUAAUCAAGCAAAUAAAUGAUUCGUUAAUAGCAACAUCAAAUUCAGAUAGCCGGUUAUUAUCCAAUGUUAAUGGUAAGUCAAAACAGAAAAAAGUUAUAGAACAAAGUAGUAAUGUAAUAGUAAAUGAUCUACAAUCAUUCCAAAAUUCAAAAGACAAUACUUUAGGGAAACAUCAAUUAUUGCCUAAAAUAUCGAAAGAGAUGGAACAUGAAAUCACCAAUUUAUUAAAUCGAAUAGGUUCAAAUAUGGAAUCUCAAGAUUUACAAUUUUUACUGAAUCAUUUGUUAUCAAAUCAAACCAAAAAUUCCACUUCUCUUUCAGAAAAAAUGAUUACUCUAUGGACUGCAACUCAAUUAUUAAAUAGUCACGGAUCGGACCAUUUCUCUAGCCUAUCUAUUACAAAUGAGGAUAAUCCCGAAUUUUUAACCUUUAAUGAUAGAGAUGAACAGCAAUUAGGACCGCAAUAUAAUGAAGCGUGUUUUACCAUUUUAGAAUAUUGUAACGAUUUAUCGGAAGAAAUUUCAAUCAAUUUAGAAUCGUCAACACAUUCGAUGACACAAGAAGAAGAACGAGCACUAUGUAUCGUGCUAUAUUCCAUCAGUAAUGUAAGCACACUGAUGGGAACUGAUUUUGCUAUGGAAUUAAUUGACCAUUUAUAUAUUGUUAUUGAUAACUUGGCAAAUUCAUCUUAUUUAGUACGUUCAUUUGCUCAAUCUUGUUCUAUAAAUAUUGCUAAUUUAUUAUAUGAUGGAUCAGUGAAAGAACUAAUCUUACAAAAUGUUGAUUAUUUAGUGGAAUCCAUUGCAGUGAGAUUAAAUUCCGGGAUGAUGAAUCAUGUUGGAACUAUAUUAAUGGUUAUUUGUAAAAUUGCUGGAUUCAAAACUAUAAGGUCCUUCCAAGAUGUUAUUGAAACAAUUUUCAAAUUAUUAGAAUAUUUCCAUGGUUAUUCUGAUUUAUGUUUAGAAUUUUUCCAAUUAUUUGAAAUCAUUAUAUUAGAAAUGAAAAAGGAAUAUUUGGCUACUAAUACAGAUGAUAGACGAUUGGAUCAUCAAGUUGGUAAUGUCAACAGUUUCAAACCAUGGGGGAUGAAGAAUAUUGACCAAUUAAUUCAAGUUUUAGAGACGUUUGAAGAAGGCGAUCAACUCACAAACCCGUCACCUGAUGACUAUCCCCUAGAUGAAGAUGAGCCAAAGAAUUUUCAAGACUAUUUUGAUUCUAAAUUAAGAGAAGUAGACAGUGAUGACGAAUCAAUAAUGGACGAAGUUCAAAAUGUCGAAGGAGAAGGAGUGCUAGAAAAUGAUGAUGGUGAAGAGGAAGAAGAAGAUGAAAAAGACGACGACGAGGAUAAAUGGGUUUCACCAAUUCCAAAUGAUGCAUACAAAAUCUUAUUACAAAUAUUUAGUUACAGUGAUAGAUUAUUAACACAUCCGUCAAAACCAUUAAGGAUACAAAUUUUACGAACAUGUCAAAUUUUAAUUCCAAUGAUAUCUACACAACAUUCAUUAUUUCUACCACAAGUUGCCCAAUUUUGGAACACGGUGGUGAAAUGUAGUCUUGAUGAUGAUUUUAAUAUUAUUAAAUAUUCCAUGGAAUGUAUUGAGUUAUUAAUGCAUUUUGCAGAUGAUUUUAUAACGAAACGGUUUUUCGAAUUCUGGUCAAGAUUAAAGAAUGAAUCAGUUCUAUUGAAAAAAAUCAAUAAAAUUGGGAAUAUAGAAGGAAUGAAAUCACAAGCUUUACAAAAAUUCCCCAUUAUCAUAAGAGAUGCAUUGUUAGCGAUGUCAAAGAUGUUAUUGGAAGGUAUCAAAAUUACAGAAUUUUCACUUCCUGAAACGAUAAUGGUAGAGAUGAUUGAAGUUUGCCUUAAUGUCUUACCUGUGGAUGAAGUUGCAAGUAGAUCUUUAGUUAUUGGCGAUAUCGUUUGGAGUAUGAAGUGA